UCAAAGGUAAAAUUCAAGCCAAUAGUGAAUUUUGAUUGGGUUCCAAAGUAUUACCAUGGAAAUCUUGUAGUUGGUCAUGUCAAUCAAAUUUAUUUGGCCUAUGUAUUAACCUGUAAAACAGGGGGUAAUGUGAGAGUGACAAACAGGAAGACCUCACAGAGAGCUCUUUUGAAGAAUUUCUCUGGAGCAGUUGUGGAUAUUAGCUUUGUUACGUCUGAUCGUGUCAUUCUGGGCAUUGUUGAUGCUAUUGGAAAUUUGUUUGUUUAUGAAUUUUUUGAAGGGACAGGAGAAAAACUAACAGAGAAACUACUUGCAAACUGUCUGAGGCCAGCAACAUGGCAGCCUGCAGUCUAUCAUCGUCUCGUUUGGUGCUCGUUCAUUGGAGAUGAUGAUAAAUCACAAAUGUCUUCAUCAUCACCGCAGAAUGAUGAUGAGGCUGAUAAUCUGCUGGAUGACUCGCUCAUGCUCAUACUCACUCACAACGAAUUGGCAGAAUUGUGGCAUCUGGAUCUGUUGAACAGGAUUUAUGGGAACACACAGCUGAAUCCUGAUGAAACUAAAAGUGGAUACUAUCUCAUUAACAGUCACACCAAGCCAAUCAUUGAUGCAGCAUUCUCUCCAGAUGCCACAGCUGUUGCCACUGCAAGUUUGGAUGGGAUGGUCAAGUUUUUUCAGGUCAACAUGUCGGAUUCCAACAUUCCAAAGUGCCUUCACCAUUGGAUGCCACACGAUGGACGACCCAUCUCGUUCAUCUACUUUCUCGAUGACCACAAGAAUAAGAAUCCCGAGUUAGUUCAUAUCAUAUAA